CAGUCUGCUAUCUGGACCUUCUCAUCUGCAGAAACGCAUCUGGACGUACAGCAGAGGUGAUUGUUAUCACGGUGACUGUAUUACGCUUUACUUUAGCAAUCUCGUAUUUGGCGGUCCCCUUUCGGGACUCUCGUACCCAACGCCACUGGUGAGUCUCUACGCAGGUGUACACAGCGUUUUCAGGCAUGAGCGCUUCUGCUGAAGAUGUGCGGCAGUGGCUGGCAAACGAUGCCAAGUUGGAGCGCUACUUCAAGCAUUUCAUGGACGCCGGAUACGACGCACUGGCUAAAUGCUGCUCUUUGAAUGAGAAUGAUCUUGAUAAGAUGGGAAUAGAGCUGCCUGGACACAGGAAACGUUUGAUAGGAGUUUCGAGGAAACUGCAGGAACGGUUGAAUGAAUGUCAAAAGGAAGUAGUUGAGGAUGUAGCUCCUACGUUGCCACCAAAGAAGACAAAGACUACUUCUGUUCAAGAGGGGCCAGCAGUUACUCAUCUGACACCACAUUAUUCUGAAGUAAAAGUGGAAGAGGCUGCUUGGUCAGAGCAGACGCCUCCUAAAGUGAUGGUUAGAGGGUCAUCAUUAAGAAAUAGUGCAACACCUAAGUUGUCGGUUCGACCACAAUCACCACUGGUGACUGACUCUGCUUCUAGUGUUUCACCUUUUGCGGAUGAUCCUCCUCCUUUACCUCCAAAGGAUUCGAAUGCCUCUGCUGUGCUCACGAGUUCAGGGAGUGCUAGCGACCUGUUACCACCUCCUUUGCCUCCUAAACAAAGUCCAGCAACCUCACCGGUAAUUGAGAGAAAGAUUGAAGACUUGUUUAGUCAGCCAGUACAAGUGGCACCUGCUUCGCCAUCUCAGAGUGUUAAACCAAAGCCUGCACCGAGGCAGAACGUAGCAAAGAAAUCUAUACAACCUGUGCCAACUCCACGACCUAGACCACAAUCUGCAAGUCCGUCUUCAGCGGCCGUAACAGCAGAAAGUAUGGGAGAAAGUGGCCGUCAUCGACGUCACAGUGAGGAGCAUAUACUGGCACCGUCAUCUACAGCACUGAAUCCUUACAUUGAGCUUGAACAGUCCUAUCCUAAUACUGUACAAGAGCGUCCAGCACUGCCAAAAAGGACAUGUAAUAUUCCACAAUCAUCCUCAAGUGUUCAGAAUGAUGUUCAACUUGUACAGCCUUCUCCUAUGACGUCAGAUGUAUUCACGAGUAGUGUAGAUAACCUAUCCAAUUUGCAAAUGCCUCCAGAACUGCCAAAAAGAACUUCCAGUGUUUCACAACCUCCAAAUUUUGAGAAUGAAAUUCAACCAAUGAUGCAGCCUUCUCCUACGAGAGGGGAUGUAUUUCCUGGUAAUACAGACAAUCAGUCUAUGUUACGAAAACCUCCAGAACUACCAAUGAGGUCAUGUAGUAUUCCACAACCUUCAAGUGUUGAGAAUGAGGUCCAACUAAUGAUGUCUUUUGCUAUGAGAGAUGACAUAUCUACUGGUAGUCCAGACAAUCGAUCUAUGUUACAAACACCUCCAGAACUACCGAAAAGGUUGUGUAGUAUUCCACAACCUUCAAGUAUUGAGAGUGAGGUUCAACCAGUGAAGCAGUCUUCUUCUAUGAGAGAUGACGUAAUUGCUGGAAGUGCAGACAGUCAGUUGUUGUUACCAGUGCGUCCAGAACUACCGAAAAGAAGUAUUCCUGAUUUGCAUUCAGAUGUUCGGAAUGAUUUUCAACCAGUAAUACCACCAGAUGUAUUUAUUGGUAAUGGAGACAACUUAUCUGAGUUACGACGGCCUCCAGAACUACCAAAACGAUCGUGUAAUAAUCAACCACUUUUGAGUGUUCAGGAUGAGGUCUCACCACUAAGGCAGCUCAUUAAAACUCCAGAUGUAUUCGUUAAUAGUACAGACAACCGGCCUGUUUCAUCAAGUUUUUCGGAUCAUGUUUCUAAUUCGUCAGGCAGUGUUGAUGAUGUCGAACGUCCAUAUGCUGUGCUUGGACAACUAUUGCAUGGCAUUCAGCCUCCAUCAAGAGAUGCAUCUAUGUCACCACCAAAAGCGUCUGAGUUUUUAGAUGAUUCUCACACGCCUACUGUUGGAGGUCAUCAGCAGUCAUCUAAUCCAUACGAAGUGUCAGACAAUACGAACAUGUACUGGGCUGUUUCUGAUACUCGACCAGUUCCUCUGUUGCCCGACUCCAGUAAUUCUGUGGGAGAUGGCAUUUACGAGUUUGCACAGGCAGCACAGCAGCCACAAGGAAGCUUUGUGGAUAAUACAAGAACUAAAGUGCAGCGUCAGCAGCAGCAGCAAUAUGAACAAAUUGAAAGUCGACCGACUCCUGAUGGUCACAGGAGACAAGUCCAACAUCAGCAAUCAUCCGCGUCUUCUGGUGUUCAUUCUGAGGAAGUUGAACUUCGACCUCAGUUUCCAAAUCUCAUGAAAGGCACUCCAAGAAUAUCUGUAAUUCAACCUACUGAUACGGCCAAGAAAUGCAAGGAGGGGUUUCUAUUUAAACAAGGAGGAAAGGAUAGUAACAGAGGUUGGAAACAUCGUUGGGUGACGUUUGACAGCCAGGACCUUAAGUAUUACAGAAAUAAGGGUGACAAGGAUAAUGAGGUGCUGAAAACAGUUCCUCUGAAGCGAAUGCUAAAUGUAACUCAAGAAAUAGAUGAGAAAGAUAAAGCUCAUCCGUAUCAUUUCACGCUAGUUACUCCAGAUCGCACCUUCUUAUUUGCUUCAGAGAAACUAGACAAUUGUCAGCUUUGGUCAAGUACUCUGCUGGCUGCAAUUAUGUUAUUUAAGCCAACAGAAGAGGACUUGGAAGAGCACGAGGGUGGCAAAAUGCAUAAUCCUAACAUGCAGGGAUUUUUGAAGAAGCAAGGUCAUAGUGUUCUGGCUGAUUGGAAGCAGAGAUAUAUUGUGUUGAAAGGAGAAGCAUUCUGCUACUAUAAAUCAGUAGAUGAUUGGAAAAAUGGGAUCCCCAUUCAUGAAAUCAAAAUGAAGACAUCAAAAGUCAAGCGUGUGGGUGACAGACAUCGAUUUGAAAUCAUCACACCUGGCAGGCAAUACCAGUUUCAAGCACAAAGUGAUGAUGAGAUGGAGCAGUGGAUUACAGCUUUAGAGAAAGCCGUCUUAUAUGGUUUAGAAGAGGCUAACCCAUUCACAGCAACAACUUCUCAAACAUGCAAUGAGGUAUUAGAAUUUAUUCGAACAAACCCUUCAAACUGCUUCUGUGCAGAUUGUGGUGACAAGGAUCCCACGUGGGCAUCAGUGAAUCUGUGUAUCACACUUUGCUUGAAGUGUUCUGGUGUUCAUCGCAGUUUGGGAGUUCAUCUUUCCAAGGUUCGAUCAAUUGGUCUGGAUAGGCAUGUUUGGACGGCCCCAAUAAAACAAUUAUUUGUGGAAAUUGGCAAUGAUAAGUCAAACCAGUUUUGGUUGUACCACCUUCGGAGUUCACCACCUACACAAGAUGUUGAAGAUUCUGUUCGUGACAACUUCAUUCGAUUCAAGUAUGAAAAUCAUGCUUGGUGUGAGCGGACAGGUCUGGAAAGAAAUGAAGCCGAUCUAGACAAAGAACUAUGUACAAAUACCUCAACUGAUGAUUUAAUGAGAACACUACAGCUAAUUGCCAGUGGAGCCAAUGUGAAUGCUUGGUGCGCAGGUGCUCCACCUGAUGAAUGUACUCCUGUUUCAAUUGCAAGGAAAGCUAAGAAGGAUCUUCAGAUGGAGCUGCUUAUACAGAAUGGUGCAGAUCGAGAUGGAAUGGCUACUGAUCCUGUAAGACGGUUCAAUGCUCCAGGUGCUCCUAAGUCUCCAUUUUCUUCAAGGGCAAUAAAACAGGAGUCUGUAAGAAGUACAUCGUCUGUCCAGAGUGUGUCAUCAGUAAGUAGCUCUCGUGCAAGAAAUUCAUCAAAUUUGUGUGGGUGGCUGCAGAAACCUGGCAUCAAUGAGACAGGCUGGAAAAAUCGGUGGUGUGUGAUAGAAGGAAAGACUCUAACGUACUACAAGAGUGAAAGGUCUGAAGAAGAGUCUGGUCAUAUUGAUGCAAACGAAAUGGCAAGUGUAGCACCAGCAGAUGAUGAAAUACUUGUAGCAUCACCAACUGAUUCCUGUUUUACUAUUUCUACAACGUUUGGUCGAAAAUUCCAUUUUUGUACAGAGCACAAAGAGGAUAUGAACCGAUGGAUGAAUUCCAUUCAGGAAGUAAUUGAGAAGUACAAUGAAGCGAAAAAAGAAUUUGAUAAGGCUGGUUUACUUAUGAAACGUGGACUCAACAACACAGCUUGGAAGCAGCGUUGGUUUACCUUGUCUGCCAAGCAUAAACAGCUGAGAUAUCAUAAAAUGGAGAGAGAGGAGAGUGGUGUCAUUGACUUGAGGAAAGUAUCUGAAGUAAAACUUCCAGAAGAGACAAAACGAGACAGAACAUACUCUAUAACAUACAUUGCAUCCAAGCAGCAAACUCCCUCAGAGUCCCAAUUAUCAUUUCAAAUUGUAACCUCAGAAAGAACUUACCAGUUAAAGGCUUUUACUGUCAAAGAGGCAGUGUCUUGGAGCACUGCUGUGAAAGGAUGCAUUGGUAGUGGAGCCCACCUUUCAAACCAAACACUCAGUGGUAGUGGAAUACCACUAAUUGUGGAAAAAUGUGUUACGUUUGUGGAAGCUCAUGGCAUGGUCGUCGAAGGUAUUUACAGGCACAGUGGUACUACAUCUAUCAUUGCCAAAUUAUUGAACAGCUUCUGGCAAGAUCCUGCAGGGGUUGUUCUUGAUCCCAGUGUGUAUUCCGUGCAUGAUGUAACUGGAACUUUGAAGGCUUUUUUCCGGAAACUACCAGAUCCAUUGUUGACGUCUGACUACUAUGUAGCCUUUCUAGAUGCAUCUCGCAUUACAGAUCAUUCUACUAAACUCUGCCAGCUGCAAUCUCUCACAGAAAGGCUUCCGCCUGUCAAUAGAGAAACACUAAAGUAUCUUGCUGGACACUUGGCAAAAAUUGCUGAGAUGAAGUCAGAGAACAAGAUGAGUGUCAAGAAUUUAAGUAUGAUCUUUGGGCCAACCCUGAUGACUUCAGAUGGUCAUGAGAGUGGUAGUUUUGAAAUGGCAAGUCUGGAAUGGGACGUGGUUGCCAUGAUGGUAGAGUACUAUGCCUGGAUGUUCCAGAUUGGUGAAGAAGAGUUACAGCAGCAAGAUAAAAUUCGAGAAGCAGUUCAGAGGAUUGGUAUAGCAACAUUCAAUGCCAACGAAGCAGCCAAGCCUGCUACCGAAUUCUUGGUAGAAAUAUAUGUCAAAGGAAAAGAUGUAGACAAGUUUCACAGAAUGAAUGUGUCUGCAGAAAUGUCAGCAGAAGCUGUAGUGUCAGAAUGUAUAAGAAAGAACAACUUGCCUACCAGUUCUUGCUGGACUCUAUUUCAGGUUACUGAUGAUGGUGACUCAGAGAGACAGCUACAGUCUUCAGAGAAGGUACUCAGUGUAUACAAGAGCUUUGCAGAAAACGACCACUUUUGUCUAAAGAACAGCAACUUAUUGAGGAAAAUAAAAGAACAUGGUCAACGUCCUCCUCCAUCUGGUGUUUUGACCCUAAGAGAUGUCAAAGGCAGACAAAAGUUGGGCAAGGCAUGGAAGAAACACUAUUGCUUUGUUCGAGAUGGUUGGAUCAUUAUUAAUAAAGACACUAAAAAUCUUCAAAAGGGUUCCACUGAGGCAACAAGGUGCAAUAUUGUUGACCAUCAUUUGUUUAUUGGCAUGGAUCAAAAGAAAUUGUCACCACCCACUCGGUAUGGAUUUCAUUUGAAGCACAAGUCAGAAGACACCACCAAAUACUUCUGUGUGGAAGAGGAAGAUCACAUGUUCUGGUGGAUUUGCUACAUACUGCUUUAUAAGUAUCCUGGGGGUUUGUGACAAGAGCGUUCCUGGUAAAUUGGCAGCAGUUUCACAAGUCCUCCUUCUGCAGUAAUGAACUCCCUUGUCAACUUAAUUUCUGAAAUUGCUAGCUUAGCUAUAUGUAAGGUUUAUAGUAUAUAAUAUCUUGAUGCGGUGGUGUAGUAAUUCUUGAAGUGGUCUAUUUGUGGGUUACUUCUUUGCUGUCACGCAAUUAUGAGAACUUGACAUUACUGUGAAGGGUUAUUCUUUACUUUAGACGGCAAUCUAGAUGGUAGUCAAUACAAAGACACUUUAAAUUUCAACAAAA